AUGGUGAAAGUCCGUUUGGGUAAAGCCGAAUAUUUGGCAUUAAAAGAAUUUGAAAACUUACAUCACAGAGAUAUUUGGAAUUGGAUUGUUGAAAAGUUAACUGGUGGCCAAAAAGAUGGUAAAGUAUUGCAAAUUCUUGAUAUAUCUGACGAGCCGAGUAUUUUUGCAUUUAUGUUCGCCGAGCAAUUCCCGAAUCAUGUGGUUACCUGUGCAAUUAGGGAUAAUGUAUUACCGGAAUUUGAAAUUCCAAAAAAUGUUAAACUAGUUUCUAUCAAAAAAUACAAAGAUCUACAGUCGCUAGGUCCAUUCGAUGGAAUCAUAUUGAAAGAAUUGACCAAAGAGAUCAAAGACUUGGGAGCUGCUUUUACGGAAUUACGAAUUCUAUUCGAUACAGCUAAAAUGGUGAUUCUUGCUCGGCCAAAAAAUCCACCACUUCCACUGCCAGAAAUGUGUCUUCCGUUAUGGUCAAAAAUGGCAUUGGCACGUGAAGAUAUCAAAUCUGCUGCUGAUCAGGUUUGA